UUGGCCCCAAGAUCUGAACCGCUUUUCACUUUUGAUACCCUCGUGGCAAUGCAGCGACCAUGCAGGGAAGCCACAGACGCUUAGUUUUUGCCUUUCUGCUCUCCGUUGUCACAGGCGCUACGUGUUCCACAUCAGAGGGCUGUGAAGAUGACAGCCCACAACUAUUGCAGCUGCAAAGACAGCAGCAGUCCUUUGAAGCUGGGGUGAAUGAGGCGGCGCCUCUGACCCUUGAAGACUUCCAAAAGCAGAACGCAUGUUACGACAGAGCAAGCAGCGACAACUGGGCGGUCGUUGAUGCCCAUUUGCACCCAAGACCGUUUGGUGGUCCACCAGUUGCCUUCACUGACUUGAUAGGGAGGAUGCGAAGAGCUGGAAUUCUCUUUGCGACAUUGUAUGGCAUCGGUCAGAGGCUGCCGAUCAAUUCAACAUGCACGUACUACUUGGAUUGUCCGGGCACGAAGAUCACUCCAAGCUUAAAAAACGACUUUUUCAAUGCGCAGAGUGUUCUGGACAAUGCCGCUGACCUGGCUGACCCGGUUGGGCCACACAUUACCUUGUCGAUGUCCUUCGUCGAUUUGCACGAGCCAACUGCGAACUUGGAAAAGAUCAAGCUUAUGCAGAGUGAAUUUCCUGGAAUGUUCAAGUGGGUUGGUGAGAUCAAUUUGGUGAAGCAAGCACUUUGGCCGAAUUCCCAGGGCCUUCCCGUCCGACAAGAGUCCAUAAAGGACUGGAAACCAUUUAUGGAUGAAUUCCGCAGACAAGGCCUGCCGCUGGCCUUACAUUCUGAUCUUGGAAACGAGAAGAACGGGGAGCAGUUCCUCCCGCUCAUGGACAAAGUUCUGGAGACAUAUCCAGACAACAAGAUUAUUUGGGUGCACAUGGCAGGGCUCUCCAAACAGCUCAACCCCCAGCUGGCAUCAUCCCUGGCCCUGCUCCAAAGACCAGUGACCAUCGAGGAUCAUGUCAGCAUGAUUGAGGAAAGGCUGAACAAGCACCCGAAGCUGAGCAUUGACCUCUCUUGGGACAUUCUGUAUGAUGAGCUCUACUCAUCCAAGUCAGAGGAGAGGCCCUAUGUGAAUUUGAUCAAUAAGUAUCCAUCUCGAUUUCUCAGUGGCUCUGAUCACGUGGCCUCGGCAGACAAGAUCGAAGAGACUUACAGAAAUGAAGUAAACAAGACAAGUGCAAUCUACCGGGAUUUGAGUGACACUGCAUUCCGGAAUAUUGCCCUUGGCCAGAACUAUUUUGAUUUGAUAGGCCUCAAUUUCACAGCUCCAGCCAUUUGUGCUCCAAGUUUGGUGGGAAAGGAGGCUUUGCGACCUCGAAAGCCGCAGAGUCUCAUAACAAUGUCGCAGGCAAGGCCAGCAAAUAAGAGCUCCCAGCUCCAGAAGGCAGGCAGGGCAGGCAGCUCAAGAUUUCCUGACCUCUCCGUCCUUCAAACGUCUCUCACGGUGGAUGACUUCAAGCAGGGCUCUUCUACAUGCUUUGACCGCAACACAAGUGAUCAGUGGGCUGUAGUCGAUGCUCACUUGCAUGCACGCCCCUUUGGAGGGCCGCCCGUGCCGUUCCAUGAACUCAUGGACAGGCUGCGGCGGGCUGGGAUCCUCUUCACCACACUGUACGGGAUUGGGCAGCGCUUGCCCAUCGACUCCAACUGCACGUAUUACCUGGACUGUCCUGGCACGCCAGUCAAACCAAGCUUGAAGAAUGACUUCUUCAAUGCUCAGACCGUUUUGGACAGCUCUGAGCUUCUUGAAGCAGGCCCGGUAGUCACUCUGUCCAUGUCUUUCUUUGAUUUGCAGAAGCCUGAGACAAUUCUGCCCAAUAUGGCGCUUUUACAGAGAGAGUUUCCAGGAAUGUUCACGUGGGUGGGUGAAAUCAACUUGGUGAAGCAGGCCUUGUGGAACAAUUCUCAAGGCAAACCGGUGCCAAUUGAGUCAAUCCUUCGAUGGGCGGAGUUUAUGGCUGAGCUUCGGAGACAAGAUAUCCCCAUGGCGAUCCACAUGGACUUGGGAAACGAGAAGAAUGGGCGGCAGUUCUUACCUUUGAUGGACAAAGUUCUGGAGACAUAUCCAGACAACAAGAUAAUUUGGGUACACAUGGCUGGGCUCUCAAAGCAGCUUAACCCCAAGCUUGCGCUCCUUCAGUUACCUGUCACCAUACAGAAUCAUGUGAAGGUGAUCCAGGACAGAUUGGAGAAGUACCCGAACCUCUUCAUAGACCUAUCAUGGGACGUACUUUAUGACAACAUUUAUCAUGAUGAUGCAGAAGAGCAGCCAUACAUCGCCCUGAUCAACAAUUAUCCGACCCGCUUUUUGAGUGGUUCUGAUCAUGUAGCAGCUGCGUCCAAGACAGAGGCGGGGUACAGAAGCGAGCUUGCAAAGACGAAUUCAAUCUACCGCAAGCUUAAUGAUGAAGCCUUCCGCAACAUUGCCCUUGGCGGGACCUAUUUCAAACUUGCUCGUUUGAAUCAGUAUCGGCCGCCUCCACUGUGCAACCUUCAGACAGGCGGAAGAAGUCAAUUGCUGCCCAUGGCGUUGGGGCUGGUUGGACUUGGUGUGGGCUCAGUUUUUGUCCUAAAAGGACUGUUCAUUACAGCCUGAACGGCCUGAAUAUGGGCGGCGUGUUUCACCUGUGAGGAAAGUCAAGGGGUUUGAGCAAGAAUGACAGAGGGGUGAAAAAGAAACACCAGUUGACCUCUCGACCUGCUGCUGUUGGAGGCAGGGGAUGAACGC